AGAAGGGUAACAAAUGUCUUCUCUUUCCCUUUCCAAUCCCCUCGCAUCGACAGAUCGUUCAUCGUAUCCUCCUCCGCUCAGUCCUCCGGGAUCUCCUCCUCCGGCUAUAAAUUCCGGCCCCAGUUCGCCCAAUCCAGAUGCGCAAACAUCGAAUCGUCCCACUCGUGGCUGCCCUGCUCGUGCUGCUUGCCCUCGCCGUAUCGUCCACCCGCAACCGCAACGCACAAGAGGGGGAGGAGUCCAUGGCGUUGGCCGGCGGCAUCAAGGACGUGCCGGCGAACGAGAACGACCUCCACCUGCAGGAGCUCGCCCGCUUCGCCGUCGAGGAGCACAACAAGAAGGCCAAUGCUCUUCUGGGGUAUGAGAAGCUUGUGAAGGCCAAGACACAAGUGGUUGCUGGCACGAUGUACUAUCUCACUGUUGAGGUGAAGGAUGGCGAAGUCAAGAAGCUCUACGAAGCUAAGGUCUGGGAGAAGCCAUGGGAGAACUUCAAGGAGCUGCAGGAAUUCAAGCCUGUUGAAGAGGGUGCUAGCGCCUAAGGAUCUCUCGUCUCCAUGUGCAAUUUGCUGCCUGAAGCGCAAAACAAAGUUGCAGAAUAAGGAGCUGCUUCGGAACAUGCCUGAGCAUGCCCCCUUGUGCAAUUUCAUAAAAUUACAGUGCUAUGUAAUAUCUUAAAUUUCCGUGCCCUGUGUAAUAUCAUGAAUAACAGUUGCUAUUAUGGAUUCUAAAGGUGUAUUAACUAGUACCAUAGAUGGAGGAAUUCUCAUAUUACUAUGCUGAAGUUUUUGUCAUGGCAGAAUUGUCACAUUGCUUCGCUGAAGUCUUUGUUGAAACUUACAUGCAGAAUA